AUGGUGAAAUCGUCGUCAUCACCCUCUGCUGCCUCACCAGCGGCACCCACGCGUUGUAAAGUUUUGGCACAACGUCUGGAUGAAACUGAACCUCGUAAAGCUGAAGUUCUAGAAACUGAUGAUUGUUCUCGGACUUUUAGUUUACAUUGGGUAGGAUAUAAUAAGCGUUUAGACGAAUGGGUCAUCGGAUCUCGAGUUCAUUUAGAUCAACCCAUCGAAUGGCCUAUCAUCACACCCACUCCGUCCACUUCAUCAACACCUUCAACACCUACUACUGGUAAACAAUCACGUAAAUCGACACAACAAAAGAAACGACAAGAGAGUCUUGAAGAACAACAUCUAGAUGAUGAUUCAAGUCAACCUAUGGUGAUUGAUUCAGAAAGUGCCGUGAGUGAUGAAGACGAAGAUGAAGAUGAAGAUGAAUUAGAAGGAGAUCAAGAACAGACCACCUUUUCGAAAGAAGAUGAAAUUGAAAAAUUAAGAACAUCAGGUAGUAUGACCCAAUCACAUCAUGAAAUCUCAAGAGUUAAAAAUUUAGAUCGAAUUCAAAUGGGAAAACAUGAAGUCGAAGCCUGGUAUUUUUCACCUUAUCCCAUCGAAUUUGCACAUAUACCGAUUUUAUAUAUCUGUGAAUUCUGUUUAUCAUUCUUUGGAAACGAAUCACAAAUCCAUCGACAUCGAAUGAAAUGUAAUUUAUUACAUCCACCUGGUAAUGAGAUUUAUAGAUCAGAUGAUAUUCAUUUUUUUGAAAUUGAUGGUAGAAGACAAAAGACUUGGUGUAGGAAUUUAUCACUCUUAAGUAAAUGUUUCUUAGAUCAUAAAACACUUUAUUAUGAUGUAGAUCCAUUUAUGUAUUAUGUGAUGUGUUUACGUGAUUCGAAUGGAUUACAUAUGAUUGGAUAUUUUUCAAAAGAAAAAGAAUCAGCUGAAAAUUAUAAUGUAGCUUGUAUCUUAACUUUACCUCAAUAUCAACGUCAUGGGUUUGGGAAAUUAUUAAUCGAAUUUAGUUAUGAACUUAGUAAAAAAGAAGGUAAACUUGGUUCACCGGAAAAACCUUUGAGUGAUUUAGGUCUUUUAAGUUAUCGAGCUUAUUGGGAAGAAAUCAUUGUAGGAUUUAUCUUAGAAUGUGUUAGUAAAAAUGAAGAUGUGAGUAUUGAUGAAAUCGCUCAAAAGACGGCUAUUGUUCAUGGGGAUGUGAUGCAUGUUUGUCAAACUUUACACAUGUUAAAAUAUCACGAUAAACAACAUGUGAUUUGUUUAUCAGAUGCAAUCAUUGAAAGACACGAACGAAAUCAAAAGAAGAAAAGAAGAAGAAUUCAACCUAGUCAAUUAUGUUGGAAACCACCCGUCUUUUCUAGGGCACAACUUCAAUUUGGAUUUUAA